ACCAUUUACAGUACUUCCCUUUUUUAUUGAAGGUUUCUCAACACUGCACAGCCAUGAAGAGGAUCUUAGGAUUUAAAAAAAUCAACACAUGGUUUUCUUUAUUUUAUUAAUUAAAUUAAGGUUACAAUAUGUCAUUUGUAAUCAAAUUUUUACACUGGCUCUCAGACUUUUGGACUCCGUUGUAAAUAUUGUGAUAUUAUGAAAUUCUUGCCGAUCGGUCUCAGGAAAGGAGAGAUGUUGCUAAGCGCUGAGCGGAGAAACUUCCUCAAACUGUGCUGUUGCACAAACAGGGGAAAAACAGAGUGAGGAGAGGAAGAGUCAGUUCAUGGCAGAAACAAUCAGCAGAGAUCAUUGUGGAACAGAAAGAGGUAAAACACAACAGAAAUUCAAAAAUAUCCCUGUGAAAUGUAAAUGGUUAGCAUAACGAUGCUUUUCCACAUCCCUGGCUUUGCUUGUAGAGUUAGGGCGGACUGUGCUGUAGGAAGAGUGGUUGGGGAUCAGAGGGUUGAAGAAAGUCUGUACUUGUCUCAGUUGCUGCAGUAAAUGGUUCAGAGGACUUAAACAUUGGACGGGGGCCCUGGAACAUGGCCGGGAUUAUAGAUAAUUGUUCUUGUGCUCUUGUUGUAAAGAUUAUUGUAAUAAAAUCCACUGAUACAGAAUGUUUCAAGAACUGAGCACAAAGUGAUUAACCAUUUAAGAAAAAAAAAAAAAAAUGUGGUCAAAGCCCUGCGAAAAGUGUGUUAGUCUUGCAACUACGGAAUAACUGAACGUGCAACAUCCUGUUUCUAAGAUGAUGAUGUUAACUGUGGAGUUUCCUUUGGUUUAGUUCCUGCCUGUUUACUGCAUUUUUAGUACAAAGUUUGUCCUGUGGAGAGAGAGACUGACGGUCUCAAGCAUCAAAGGAUGUUUGUUCUCAUCUGGGCGACUCUGUUUUUCUCUGUGAGAAGCAGCAAUGCUGAUACAGGUGCAUCAGUGGGAGGAAGACAACAAUGUUCACGCUAUCCAUUUGGAUUCUGUAUCACUCUGCCUGAAGGAGAAAUAACAGCUGAGGCCGGACUCUGUGUUGUGAUACCGUGCUCUUUCACUACAAGUUCUAGCUUUACACCCCAAAAGCUAGUUUGGUACAAAUGUGAACCAACUGAAGGAAAGUGUAGUGAUUUAGACAUGAUAUUCCACACUAACAAAAACAACAUAAAAAUUCAGUCUGGGUUUAGAGGGCGAGUUUCACAGUUGGAGCCUGAUGUGAGUCAGAGGAACUGCAGCAUCAUCAUCAAUGACCUGAAGGAGUCAGACUCUGGAUCAUAUCAAUUCAGAGUUAAUGGUCUUCUGUAUGGAACAGCAGAUGGAUUUACAUACUCUCCAAGGGCAACUGUCUCUAUUAAAGCUCUGAGUCAGAAGCCCAAGGUGGUGAUUCCUCCACUGACAGAGGGACAGCAGACCACACUGACCUGCACUGCUCCUGGUCUCUGCUCUGGAUCUGAUCCUCAAAUCACCUGGACGUGGAGAGGAGCAGGAGAGAAGGACUCCCACAUCACAGGAAACAUCACUGAUUUCAAGACUGAGAGUCAGACCGCUGUCACACACAAUCACAGUUCAACUUUGAGCUUUAACGCUUCAGCUGAACACCACGGCACCAGUGUCACCUGUAAGGUCAGCUUCACAGGAAACGCCGCAACAGAGGAGACAGUGACUCUGAACGUGACCUAUAUGAAGGAAAUUAGAGUCACUGGGAAUACAAGUGUGAAGGAGGGUGAGACUGUGAAUCUGACCUGCAGUGUUGACAGUUUCCCUCUAUUACUCAUCGUGUGGACUAAACUGUCCGACCUAAACAUUCAAAAUGGAACAGAAACUAAUUUUCCCAACGACACAUUAACUGACCUGCAGAACGACACUGAAACCUACCUGCAGCAAGGAAGUGGAUUGGCCACUCUCUCCAUCUCUAAUGCGACAGAAGAUGAUUCUGGGCUGUACAUCUGCACAGCAAAACAUCUGAAUAACAGCUGGAAGAAAAAUGUGAAUGUAACAGUGAUAUAUAUGAGAGAACCUGGGAUCACUGGGGAUACAACUGUUAAGAAGGGAAGUGCUCUAAAUCUGACCUGCAGCCUUGAAAGUUUCCCUCCAUCUCUUAUUACAUGGACUAAACUUUGCCUCAAUACAAACCUGCACAAUGGAACUAACCUGCAGAGCAACACUGGAUCUGCAAGCCUCAUCAUCCCUAAUGUGACCGCAGAAGAUUCUGGACAGUACGUCUGUACAGCAAAACACCUGGACACGACUCUGACGAUUUAUGCUGAUGUGACAGUGACUUGGUUUUCAAAGAUCUCAAAAAACUCUAGAUGUGAGGUUCAGUCGGAGCUUGUGACCUGUGUGUGUAUCACUGAGGGGUUUCCCUUACCCACCAUCAAAUGGCCGCUGUUGAAGAACUACACUGAGUACUCAGUCAUUACCACUGUGACAAACCACACAGUCAAAAGCACCAUCAUUCUCACUGUAAAAGAUCACAGCAACACUGUUGUUGAGUGUGUCAGCAGCAAUGAAAAUGAGGAAGCAAAAGAAAACCUCACCAUCCAAAUAACACAAGGUGGUACAUGUUCUCAACCACACACUGCUACCAUAGAUCACUGCUUUAUGACAUUUUUAUUACCUAUUUUACCUCUCUUUUGUUCAGACACAUAUUGGGCAAGCUUUCGCAUGUAUAUAAUUGUUCAGAAACACAUGGGCAUCAACAUUUUUUCUUUUGUUCCCUCUGAUUGCAGAACCACCCGAUCCAUUAUUAAAAAGUGUUUCACGGUUGGAAACCAUCAUUGCCUUUUUGAUUGGUGUUCUUCUUUCAGCAAUCAUCUGCUGUUUCGCAAAAAAAUGCCACAGAUACGUGAUGGUCAAGCAGUAGAAGAUGAUCAGACCCACGGCCGAAAGGGAGCUGAAGAUGCAGCUGUGGCAGCAGAGAAAACAGCCCCUGUACUGGACAGUGGGCCAAAAGACGUGGAGUACGCCAGCAUUGAUUUCUCGGUGUUGAAAAGAAGGAGUCUCAGGCAGGCGGCAAAGAAACAAGAGACCGCAGAGACAGAGUAUGCUGAAAUCAAAAAAGAAGUCAAAGAGGAAAGAGAAGAUGACGGUGGAGAAGAAGGUGAAAUGUUGGAGGGAAAAGAGGAGAGGGUCAUGACGGAGGAGGAUGAGGAGACAAAAUGCAGUGUCCCAGGAGAGGAGGAAGGGGAGGACAUGGCGGUGUACUCCAAUGUAAAGGAUAUAAUGGAUUUUAAGCUAACCACUGGAAUGACACCUGUUACAACGGGCAAAGUCAUCCCCACGGUUACAAAGCAUGAAGUCAACCCCACCACCAUAAAAAGUCACAACAACACUGUUGCUAAGUGUGUCAGCGGCAAUGAAAACUGGAUACCAAACCCAACAGCUGACUCGAAGGAAUCUGAUCUACUCACACAAUUGCUGGGAAUUGUUAAACAGCCACACGUCAUCAUUGCAUUUUUGAUUGGGAUACUUCUUUCGGCGUCCAUCUGCUGUUUGAUUGGAAUAUGCAAAAGAAAAAAAAAGAGCGGAUCUGGGAAUCUGGCUGAGAAUCUGGAGAUGGUGACCACUCAAGCGGUUCCACUGAUCAAUGAUGGUCAAGCUGUGAACGAUGAUGAUUGGACCCAUGACCUAGAGGUAGCUGAAGGAGGAGCUAGUGCCGUGGAACAAAAAGAGGUGGAGUACUCCAACAUUGACUUCUCUCUGCUGAAACAGAGGAGUCCCACAGAGGCCGGGGGGACGCAAGACCCUGGAGACACAGAGUAUGCUGAAAUCAAGAAAGAACCACCAGUGGAGGGACAAGACAAUGCUGGCGAUGAAAGUGUAGUGUUGGAGGGCAACAAAGAGGAGGAGGCAAUGAUAGGGGUAAAUAAGGAGACGGAACAGUUUAUGCCAGCAAAGGAGGAGGGAGAUGAGGAUGUGGCGCUGUAUUCUAGUGAGAAUAAAACAGUGGUUAAGACGGGAUGAGUGUGUAGCUUGGUGGAGUCCCAUUAAACAGAGGAGAGUGCAUGAGAGCAACAUGGGGAGUUGAUGUAGUGCAGAAAUUCAUGUUCAGAUAUGAUUAGACGGAUAUGAGAUAUAUAUUUUUCAUAUGUAGAUUUCCUUUUACUGAAAGGAGAGCAUGUAUGUAACAAUAUCAAGUGACACAUAUUUCAUGUACAAACAUAUUAAUCCAUACAAAGGCAGUUUAACAUGACAGAUCCCCCAUCAAGCCACUGUGUGUAAAUACUCAAAACAUGAGGCUGGUGGGAAAAGUAAAAAGCUAUUGAAUAAAAUGUCACUUUAAGGAUAUAUUUUUACACUUUGCUUUAGAAUUGUUUAAAUGCAAAUAAGCUUUGAUGUUUCUCACAGGAUUCAUCGAUCAGGGAGAAUCAACAAUUUUACGUGGCAGUUAAGCUUUUCAUUACGUUUAGAAAAUAUCUAUUAUUAGGAAAUAAAUGCAGCUGAAUUUACUUUUAAAGAAGUCAGAGUGAGAGUUAAUGUGUGUCGAUAUAUCUAAGUAGCUUAUUGUACAGAAUUUCAUGUUCAAAUCUUGUGUGUUGUUGUUUUUUAUUAUCUUUUUGUACAUAAUUUGAAUGAACUCUUGCAAACAUAUUUCUGCUGUGUUCAUGUAAAAGUUGACCAUGUCCAGUGUACUUGACACUGAAACUUAAGUAACUCAUGUUGGUCAAAUCAGUGCAUUGCGUGCUCAAUGAUGUCGUCAGUAUGAGUGUGAAUAUGAGGCAAAUUGUAAAGUGCUAUGAAUUGCCUCUUGUCCAUACAUAUUGGAAGUUGUGCCUGAAAUCCUUUUCCUGAUUAAAGUGCUAAAUAAAUUCAGUAAACUUA